AAUGCGAGCAAGAAAUAAGACAAGUAAAAAAGGUAGCAAAGGAGAGAAAAAAAGGUCGAAAGAAGAUAUCUAAUUAAUUUGCACACGAUUAAUCACGUAUAGUGAAGUCAUAUUUUUUAAGUCUCGCAAUCGCUUCUCCAUAUUGCGUGAAUCGUAUCACUUAACACGUGAACCGGACGAACGAUGAACAUUGACCGUGGUAAUUUCCCCGGGCUCUGUAAGACGUUCGCUUCGUCACGUCUCGCUGUCCUUAUUAGUUAACGAGUUCUCGAUACAGCAGUUAUUAAUUUUACGCGACGUCGUGUUAUAAAUAUAACGUGCUUGUUUCUUCAAUGAUCUGUAACGAAGCCAUGAUAGGCCAAUAAAAGAAAGCGCAAUCUUCGAUCUUUGGAAUGAUGAAACCGUCCGAACAAUAAAAUCUUCAUUGGAGAUAUUCAAGCGCCUUUGAUAGCCGAGUCCAAAUAUGAAUUUGCGUAUGAAAUCUAAUAUCUAACUGUACAUUGGCCGUUGUUAAGAUUAACAAACGAUUUAAUAUCAUUUUUAUUUCUCUCUUUAAGCUGUAGCCGUAGAUCACCGUUUUAUUAUCUUAGCGUUUGUAUUUAUAACGUAACCAUGUUGACUUUUCAAUGAUUUUGUUAAAUUCCACUCUAUGGAUACAGCGAUUAAGUAAUAUAUAAUUGCAUUAUUCUUGGAUAAUCAUCAAGGCAUCAUCUACGCACGUGAUGCGUAAGUGUAAUUGGAUAAUCAGAACUAUUAAGGUCAUACAAGUUCUAGAUUGCGGUUAUAAGGAAUCAUUUAAUUAAGUUAUCAAUUGGUUCAUUUAUUUAUUUUAACAUAUUUAUAGCGUUUCCAUAAUAAAACUUUGUAUCAAGCAAAAUGUGUUGGUAAAUUUCUAUCAAGGCGUCUAGAUUAAGACCCGGAUAUUGGACUAUCAGAAUUAUAAUCAACCAACUCAGUGUUUUGAUUCUGGCUAAUCAAGUCAAUUAAAAAAAGUUUCGCGCUCCAUCUACCCACGAAGUUUCGACAGCAUCGGUGUAAUGAGCUAUAAAUCGAUUCGGUAUUCAAAGAAUGUAAUCAAAGUUAAUUUUCGCAUGGUCAAGGGCGAACAUAGGCGUCCCUUUGUGAAACUAUGUGACCGUGAAUUCUCCUGUAAUGAGCCCGGAUUCUCUCACGCUAUGCCCAUUCGAUGCACUUAUCGGUAACGACAUGCUUUGAUAUCAUUCGAAGAAAUUUUUAGCUGCGCUAAUACUCCGUAAUAUUUUUUACAUGUAGUUAUUGAUUUUUUGAUAAUAUAUAUAUAAUCAUAUUUUAAUCGAUCAAAUUUAUUUCUUAAAGUAUGAUAAAGUGUCAAAAUUAUUCACGUAUAAUAUUAGCUACGAAUUCAAGAUGCAUAUUCCCCUUCUUUCUUCUUCGAAGUUGCAUCGUAAACGAAAAUACAAUUGCCGAUCAAUGUUUCUUGUGAAAACCACACGACCAGUUAAUAAUUCAUUGUUUGACAGAGAAGAAAAGACAACGGGGUAGAAAUUUCUGGAAAAGAAUGAAUCGAAUGGUUCGAAGCGUGCACCAGCAAUCAGUCGAUAAAGUUGAAAAAAGCUUUCCUAUCUCUUCAAUUACCUUCCCGACCGAAAUGUCUUUCCGACAAUUCACUUUUUCUUUCGCUGUUUGAUAUUCGCCAUUAUCUCAUUAUAGAUGCCAAGUACGAGUGAAAACAAUGUUGAAGAUAAUUCAAAAUCGUAAAAACUUCUCGACUUCGUUUAGCAUAUGCAAUAUCGAAAGAAAAAGUCGAUGAAGAGGAAAGGGAGAAAGACGAAGAAGGAAAGCGGUAAAACUAUCCCAUCAUAGAAGAGCAGCGGAAGGCUAUACACAUAAUAUCUGAGCGCGGUUAUCACCGGCGGGAUAAUGUGAGAAAAAGGAGAAAUAUGAUGGAAGAGGUGAAAUCUCGAUGACCCACGGAACCGCCGUCUGUAAAAACUUGUUCAGAUAUGCAAACGUGCAGUUUAAUCCGGUUUACUCGCUUCCUUCGUCUCUUUGACACGGUUCAAACUCCACGAUCACACACAGAUUACUGAUUUGACAAUUUAUCGCGAUCGCUUGAAUUUAUGCGCCAGCGUGUAAUUCCUGUGGAGGAUUAUUUUAACAACAAUGAUACAAUUUCAUUGUAUAGACAGGUACAAAUAUGUGGAAUGGUGAUAAGGGCUAUACCUCUGACUCGUAUCUGCUUAGCACCAAAGCUAAACUAUUCUUCAUUAUCAUUUAUUAUUAUCAUUUUUCUAAACAGCCCUUCUUCGAUAAAACUUUUAAUAGAUUCUAGAUACGUAAUAAGAAUUAAAGUAAUUAAAUCGUAAGAACUUUUUAAAUCCAAUUGGACGCUCUCUUUCUAUGAAUCAAAUUAUUUGAUUGUAUCAUUUAUAAACGCUAUUACUGUUAUUUCGCUUGUUGUACUUUGUUCUACCAUUAGCCUAUUUAUGUAUUUUUCUGCUUUCUUGUAAUUCAUACUUUAAUUGUAUACUGUAAUUGUUAUCUUUGCUAUUGACUAGUUUGUAUUAUUAUAAAUUCAUUGUAAUUUUCUUACUUUUAUAUGAUCAUCAUUAUUGUUACUAUUUUGUUCUUGUACUUUAUUCUGCUAUUAGUUAUUUUCGUGUAUCUCUUCUGCUUUUUAUUAAUCUCAUUAUAACAACUGUAUCAGUGGAAUCUUCAGGUUAAUCUUAAAUAAAUAAAUUAAAUUAAACUAAAUUAAAUAAACCACUAUGUAGGCGUAUUUAAGUUUGAUAACUGAAAACUUCGGUACCGAGGCGAACCAACAGAAAAAUUGGAAUUUAUUUAAAAUAAGUCGGUUAAAUAAACUUCGGUAAAUCUCGUCGCCCUAUGUUUCCUGAUAUCGUGCAAUUGCCACGAGUAAUUGUCCCGAGUUUCAAACUGGAUACCGCUUUGAGUCAGGACACGUGAUCAAACGAGAGUUGUAAAUUAUCGGGUUUCAAAAACUUUUAAGCUCAUUGUUCACCGCGCGAACACGAGCUAAUUGUUAUUACUAUCGACGCGGAACAUCGAAUGUACCCGACGUGGUUUAUCUUGUGAUUAUUAGUACAGCUGCGAGAUUCUCAGGAGGGGUUGCUCAAACCAUGGCUUCCCAUGCUGCAUGCAACUCGUACGUUGAACCUCUCCGGCUGAUUUGCGCACAGAAUUGAUCAUGCUAAACCACCAGUGGUUUCUUGUUUUUUGCCUAAUUAUAAGAUGCUAUUUUGGGAAAAUGAACACUAGCUGUAUGUUGAGUUAAAUUAAAACGCACUAAGUUGCGAAACAUUUACAAAGACCUACAAAGUUUCGUGAGAAUGAAACGAUAUUACUAUAAAGUAUUUUGCCAGUUACGAUAAAAAAUACUGGUUUAACUCAAAGUGAUUUUUCUACCCUUAAAGAUAUGUUUUAGCUUUCGAUCAAUUUCGAUCAAUCGCCGAAUUUCUGAUUUUAUACCUUGAUCGGCCAAAAUGCUCCAUCGAUAGAAAAUCGUGUAUACGAAGUCGUAGAAAAGUUAGAACAGCGUAUUCGGAGGGUGAUAUCCUCGCGAGAAGCCAGUUUGGCCAUAUACAUAUCGAUUGGUGCCAUUCGGUGCCUGGCAGAGGGUCGUGCUUCUUCUACUUCCAUUCUCGCAGAUACCGGAUACGACAAAGCUCUAACAAAAGAAGAAAAUCGAGAAGUAUGACUAUGAGCGAUUUCUCUACCGAUUCAUGGAGCAAUUAAGAGGCUCGCAAUUCUUUGGAAUUUUUAAACCUUUCCCAGAUUAUAACUCUUGUCUUUCGUGCAAACUGAGCCAAUUUUAAUGAAAUCAUAAAAAAGGAGGAAGAAAAUUCCGUAGUAAAUAUGUUUGUCUUCAUUUCGAUAACAAUAUUUUUUAAAUAGCCUUGUUUAUUGCUUCUAUAAGAAGAUUAAACUGAUCUAGUAUAACAGUAAUUACAUUGACAUAGGUACUAUACAAUCAGAUAUUAUGAAGAUCAUCUUCUCAUCGUUUAUUCUUUUAUUUUUCGAAGAUAAUGCAUAGAAAUUGCUUUACUUUAUUUUACUAAUAUACACUAAUGCGUUAUGCAGUAUGAUGAAUAUAUAAGUUUUGCAAACAUUUAUCGUGAAAAAUUAGGAAUAGAAACUAGGAGUAGCUCUAGGAGUAGAAUUAGGAAUUAGUAGGAGGAUUAAUGAUGAGAUUAUUGCAAAUGUAAAAAUAUUGUUCUAGCCAUUGUCUAAAGGAAUUUCACAAUUAUCAACGAGGGGACAGAUGGAGAGGCGGCGACCACCGUUUCUCAGAGGCCCUAAUAAAACGAAAGAGGUAUAAUUCUUGGUUAUGUUAUUAAAUCUCUGGAUUUAAAAAUAAAUAUAUUACGACAAAACAUAUUUGUGUAGCUUUUAUUUCUUAAACGAAUAUUUAAGAAGUAUUCUAUAGUUAAUAAUUAAAUACAAAGGACAUUAGAUUUGUUUCAAAAGUUUUCUAUUGAUUACUUAACAUUUAUUUAUUCUUUAACUAUCUUAUAUCUAAUUUAAUUAUACAGUAAUUUUUAAUUUUAUUGUAUGUGGUAAUCGUGCUAUAAGCAUAAGCAAUUCAAAUAAACAGAGGGACAAACAUCGCAUGCACCCAGUAUUCUAUAAUUCUAUACCUAGGUCCUCUUACAAAUGUAUGAACGUGCUUCACUUACUAAGCAACAGUAAACAGUAAACAGAAACCUAACCCCAAUUAAAUGAUGAUGAAUGCAUUUUAUAGUUUAUUAAAAAUUCAUGCAAUAUUUUAAUGAUAAAAAUAGGAAAACAAAACUGAAUAUAUAAUAUGUAUGGUAGAAAAAAACACAGGUGGUAAAAUGGAUUCCGCAGGUAGCACAAUAAGUGGUGCUGGAGAUCGUUUAAGUGAAGAAGAUCUUUCACCAGAUGCAUUAGUUAGACAGAAUUAUGAAUUACGACAUCGUCUUGAAGAAGAAGCAGCUCAUUACAAAAGACGUCUAGAUACAUACAGACAAGCACAACAACAUCAGGCUGCUCUUGUUUCCCGCUUACAAGCCAAAGUAUUGCAAUACAAACAAAAAUGUUCUGAAUUAGAAAGUCAAAUGGCAGAAUCUGCUGUAUAUGAUUCUAAUAAGGCUGCAAGUUCUGCAUCUCCAACAACUUCUGUUUUAGAUGCAGCUUAUCAAACGCUAAGGGAAAUACGUGAGGAACAGGUUCAUGAUUUAGACACUGCUUUAAAAAAACUGGCGGAAGAACGUAAAAGAUGUGAAAAACUGUUGCAAUUAAAUACAACUUUGAAAGAUCAGUUAGAAGAAUCUCAUCAAACAAAUGAAGCACUCACAAAUGAUUUACAGAAAUUAAGUAAUGAUUGGGAUAUUUUAAGAGAAGAAUUGGCUAUCAAGGAAGAGGAAUGGAGAGAAGAAGAACAAGCUUUUAAUGAAUAUUAUACUUCAGAACAUAAUAGAUUAUUAAAUCUUUGGCGUGAUGUUGUUUCUGUAAAACGAUUAUUUGCAGAGAUAAAGUCUAGUACGGAAAGAGACUUAUUAAAAAUGAAGAAUAGCGUUAUUUCUACGUUUAACGAUGUCUCGUCGGCUUGUAAUAAUACAGGAUUCGCUAUAAGAAUGCAAGCAGCUAUGCAACCAAUGGUAUCUCAGCAAGUUCAACAAGCACAGGAACAGGCAACAACUGACUUGAAAACAGAAUUAACAACACUCAAACAACAAUAUGAUGUAGCUCAGAAUGAAAUUCAUAUAAAAGAGGAAAAGAUCAAUCAACUUAUUCGUGAUGUUCAUAGUUUGGAAGAAAGAUGUGGGGAGGCCGAAGCAGAAGUACAUCGUAAUUCACGUUUACAAGAUGAUAUAGAAAUUUUACAAUCUGCAUUGAGGGACAUAGCACAUGCUGUAAUCCAAGAUGCAGAAACUCGCGAAAUUGAAUCUACUCAAGCACCUCCUCAUCUUCAUUUGUCACCUACUGGACCAAUCCCCCAAAAAUCACCAAAAAGAGGUACAAGAAGCAACACCAUUCCAGCCUUUGCUGAAAGUACUAUCAGUGCUGUACAAGCAGCUCUACAUAAAUAUCAGUUGACUAUACACGAGCUUCAGGUAAAAUUGCAAACCAAUAAAGAACAGUUACAAUCUUCUCGAAAACAAUUCGAAAACGCAGAAGAGAAUGUUAAAACUUUAGAGAAGAGAGCAGAAGAACUAAUUAUUGAAUUAGAUACAAUUCGGUCACACUGCUCACAACUUAAUCAAGAAAAAGACAUGUUACAAAAAGGACUUGAUACUGUAAGGAUAGAAAAAAAUGCACUUGACAAAAGCAGGGUAGAAAUUAACAGCAUGAUGGAAAAUUUAAAUAGCGAUUGCGAAAAAUUACAAAAAGCUAACAACAAAUUACAAAAGCUUUGUGAUAACUUAGAAGAUGAAAAACUGUAUCUUCAAAGUGAGCUCAGUAGACUAUCUAAAGAUGUAGAAUUAAGAGAACUAAAUCUACGUUCAGAGGAAGACAGAUGCAGUAAAAUGAGAGAGGAACUGCUAACUUUACGGGAAGAAUUGAGUAAAGCAUAUCUCGCAAAAGAUAUGUUAGAACAACAAAAAUUAGAAACAGAUGGAUUAAUUUCACAAAUUGAAAAAAGCAAAGGUGAUUUGGAACUAGAAUUGGAACGUGUACUAUUAGAAAAAUCAGACUUACAAGAAGUUUUAAUAAAAUUAGAAACAGUCUGCAGCAAUCAUGGACAAGAGAAACAACGAUUACAAGAAGAAUUAAAAAAGAUAACAGAAGAAAAAAACAAAUUAGCAAGUCAAUGCACUGAUCAGCAAAGUGAUCUGGGUUCCUUAAGAAAAGAAUUACUUCAAGCAGAACAAACCAGGCUCGAUUUAGAGUCAGAGAAAGCAACUUCGAAUGAAAAAGUAAAAUUUUUAGAGAUUGAGAAGGAGAAGAUUGAAAUAGAAGUAGCACAUGUUACCCGUGAGCGUGGAGAUUUAAGUAAUCAGUUGUCAGUUUUGGCACGAAAGAAAGAAACAUUAAAUGAAGAAUUAAUGAGAGUCAGACAAAGAUUAGAACAAGCAAACGAAAUGAAUGGAAGAAUAAAUCGAAAUUUAGAAGAUCUCGUAAAAGACAAUGAAGAGAAACAGGUACUCUUAGAAACCAAUGAAAAAGAAGUACAACGACUACAGGAGCAACUUGCAUCAAUGCGCAGUGAAAAGGAAACGUUGGAAGGUGUCUUAUUUGAUACACAAACUAAUUUAGAAAAUAUGCAUGUAAAGAAGACACAAUUAGAAAAGGAACAAAAAGAGUUGUUAAUAAAACAUGAAAGCUUAAAAGGACAAGUAGAACGAUUAAUGAAGGAACUUGAGAGUAGUGAGAAACGAACACAUGAAAUAAAGCAAACUCUAACGCAACAAAGCGGCGACCAAGAAGCUGAAUUUCAACAAAUUAUCUCCAACGUGAAAAAACAUAGUGAAGAUAAUAUAAAAAAACUAAAUGAAGAAAAAGAACAAAUAAAAAUAAACUUAGAGAAACGACUUCAACAAUCCUUGUUGCAACUUACUGGAGAGAAAGAUAAUGAGAUAAAUCAAUUGCAGCAAAGGAUAGAUGAAAUGCAACAGCACAUAGAAAAUUUGUGUCAACAACAUGAGGAAGUUCUUCUUAGAGCAGAAAAUGAUAAACAACAAGCUCUUCUUAUAGCUCAUCAUGAUCAGCAAGCAUUAAUGGAGAAAUUGGAGACUGUUUUACGUGAAAUGGAAGAAGAGAAGAACAAUGUAGAACGAAUGAAACGGGAAGCAGCAGCGCGUGCCGAACAGGAACGUAAUAAUACAAAUCAACUGCGCGAUGAAUUGAGCCGUUUUAAAACAAAAUUAGAUGAGACUAAACUAAAAGCUGAUGAAGAAAAGAUAAAACUUGAAUUAAAAAUUGAAGAACUCUGGAAAGAACGAGGAUCAGCGCAAAGAGAAUCUGAAGAGUUGCAAGUUCAAUUACACAUGACGGAAGAUAAAGUUGAUAGUUUGCAAAAUCAAUUGCACGAAACUAUUAGAAAGCUCAAAGAUGCCGAAAAUCUUAACGAAACAUUGCGUAAAGAGUUAGUGGAUAUUAGGAGGCAAUUAGCCGAUUGUACGUAUGAGAAAGAAAAAUAUAACAGUAGCAAUAAAGAAUUACGCGAACAUGUGAAACGUAUCGAAAGCGAAAAAAGAGAACAAAGUAGAACGUUAGAAGAAUCGUACCAAAAAAUUUCAGCAUUGGAGGAUAUGAAAUUGAAUAUAGAUGCAGAGAGAUCUCGUCUUCAAGCUCAACUUCGUGAUAUGGAGAAAGAAAUAUUACAAUUACAGAAACAGCUUCAUUUUACUCAAGAUGAGUUACAGAAAUCUCAUCAGAAUAACACGCAAGUACAAAAUGAUGAAAAAGAAUUGCAAGCACGAUUAACUAACGAAACAGAAGAAAGAGAACGUUUGCAGCUGCAAUUACAUCAAGUCAAGAAACAGCUAAUGGAUGUUGAUAAUAGCUUGAAAGUAACAAGACAAGAGCUCGGAAGGUUGCGUUCACGUGCAGAUGAAGAAAAUGAACGGUGGAGAGUUAGAGAACAAGAACUAGUAGUUCGCCUCGAGGAUAGUCGAUGUCGUGAAAGAAAACUCGAGGACCAAAAGCAUAACUUGGAAGUUUGUCUAGCUGAUGCUUCCCAACAGAUUCAAGAACUCAAAGCACGUCUUGGGGGCUCUGAAGGACGAGUUCGAGCACUAGAUACCCAAUUAUCACAACUGGAAAUGGCAAAGAAAGAUGUUGAACAAAAAUUAAGUAGCGUGGCUUCGACAUUGCGUCGGAUUGCAGGUAUUCAAUUGGAUGGAAGUGUUAACAUACCCUUUAAAUUAAUGAGUCCAUCAAGAAGGUGGAGCCCAGCAAGAGCUCAAGAUCACAUUGAUUCUACUAGAGAUGUGAUACUUGAUGUUGAUCCUGAAACUGUUAGAAAAGGUGUACGAUCUCUCAUGCAACAAGUAGCUCAAAUCGAACGUGAAAGGGAUGAUUAUAAAACGGAAUUGUGUAACUUGAAAAAACAAUUGGUAGAAACUCAAGAGAUUCAGAAUAGAUCAGAUAUGCAAAUAAACACUUUAUUAACGAAUAUAAGAAUACUCCAGGAUGAAAAGAAUUCAUUAGAAGUAAAAUUUUCUCAAAAACAGAGUGGCUAUGAAAUGCAGUUAAAUGCCUUGCAACUAAAAACAGAAGAAUGCGAGCAAUUGCGUGAAAAGGUAGCCAAUCUUGAAAUGAUGAUUAGUAAUAAUUCUGAAGAAAAAACACAAUCCGAAGAAAAAAUAGAUAAACUGAAACAAACUUUGGGCAAAGUAGAAAAUGAAAAACGUAAUCUACAAGAGGAACUUAACAGAAGCGAGUCCCGUGCUACAAAAUUAGAAUUGCAAAGAAUGUCAUUAGAAGGUGAUCUUCAAAGAUUGCAAAUGAUGUUUCAGGAAAAAGAUGCAAACAUUCAUAAAUUACAAGAACGAAAUGAUACGCAAAACCGAACAAUAACGAGUUUAGAAGAACGUUGUACUUCGUUGAAAUCUACCGUAGAACAAUUAAAUCUUACAUUAGAAAAAGCAUCCAAUGCAGAAAGCGAAUUAAAGAAUGAAAUUAAUUCAUUGCAUCACAAUAUUAUGGAAUUAACAACUACCCUACAGGCUUCUAAUGAGAAGAAUAAACAGUUACAAAAACAACUUUCAAAUACUGAGAAUGAACGCAGAAUUUUAUCUGAACGCAUAGAAUUUUUGCAACAAUCUUUGAACGAUUUGAAGCAUACAAAUCAAACAUUAACGGAUCAAAUUACUCGUCUACAAAAUGAAUUAGCGAAUAAUGAAGUACAACGUUGUGCCUUAGAAUCUCAAUUGAGAAUAAUUGCUUAUCCGCAGGAAGAAAGUACAAACAAAGACGAAGAAUUGUUACGACAGUUACAAAUAGCGCAAAGAGAGAGAAGUGAAAUGAGAGGAAAAAUGGAAGCUCUUAAUGAUAAAAUGAAAUUAUUGGAAGCUGAUAAACGUAAUUUGGAGCGGCAAUUAUCAUUAUUUAAAUCGACUAGUCGUGGCAAAAGCUAUGAACGUUCUGAAAAAGCAAACGUGGAAUUACUUGGCACGAGUUUCGAUAUAGAUCAUUAUGAGCAAGAAAACAGAGAAUUAAGAUUGAAAGUCCGUAGAUUAGAAACACAACUUGCAGAGAAGGAAGCGGAGCUUAUAAGAAUGAAAUCAAGUUACAGUCACACGCACUCAAUAUUUGAUUUUAGUCGAGAUAGAACCGGAGAAGUUGAAAGACUUCGAGCAGCUCAAUUACAGGCUGAGAAAUUGUUAGAAGCAAGAGAACAAAGUCACCGUCAACAAGUUUUACGUUUAGAAAAUCAGAUACAACUACUGCGGGAACAACUUAAUCAAGAAAUAAAACGUCGACAAUUAUACGUCUUACGAAGUUCAAGAGCUGGCCGAGAAAUGCAACAAUUAAGGCAGGCCUUAGGCGAUUCUUUGAGAACUGUAGCGCAAGAUCCAUCAUUAGAUGCAGUGUUAUUAGAACAUGAAGCUCGGAAAUUAGAUUCUACUCUGACAAGUACUACCAGUUUACCGCCAUCAUUAGCUUUACCUCCACCACCGUCUUACGAUAGAUCUUCCACACCAGCACAGCUGAAAUAAGGUGUAAUAUUGUUUCAGACUGAAUCAGAUGUUGAAACUGCCAAUGUAUGUUCAAUGAUAUUUACAAGACAA